AUGCCCAAGCCAGCUGAAUGGACAAAUGAGUUCAAUCCUGCAUACUCUUACUACGCUUAUUACUACUAUGCAAACUUGUAUACUCUCAAUAAGCUUCGUGAAUCAAAAGGCUUGCCAACAAUUAGAUUCCGGCUUCACUGUGGAGAGUUAUGGAAGCUCAAUUCCUGUGAUCUUUGCGAGAUAGCCAGAAAUUCUGUCUAUCAGUCUAGAUUCUCACAUCAAGCCAAGUGCGAAGUAGUUUUUGCGCAUCUAGACAGUGGAAGAUCAAUUGACGAACAAGGUGUUGAAGAUGUCUUUGAGCUUCUUUAUGAAAUAAAUGAAAGAGUCAGGACUGGGAUAUGGGUUGGUGAUUGUUUCAUUUACAUCAACUCUUCCUGGAGACUUAAUUACUGUGUUGGUGGUGAGGUAACCACGAUGUUUUAUUUGGACUGGCCUAUGUACUUGCUGGGAUAUCUAGCCAAUCAAAGUAAGGUGUAUCUCAUUGACAAAGAGUUCAAUGUUAUGGGAUAUACAUUACUUAUUAGCUUGAUCAAGUAUAAGACACUUGUGAUGCGUGGUUACCUGGAACAACAUAAUAGGUAUCUUUCACAUUUGACUACCUUCAACAAUGAGCAAAAGCACUUUAUUGUCAAUCAGAAAGCUUCAGAAUCUUUGGCUGAUCCAGAAGAGUAUCCUAAUUUGUUUGAGGAUUGGCAAGUCACACUUGCAGUCGAAUCAAAAGUUGCAGAGACAAGGGGUACUUCUCUGCCGGCAGAGGAGUAUGUAAACUACGCCAAUAGGUCAAAUGUAAACCUUGUGGAGGCUUUCAGAAACAUGAGACCUGGCGCAAAUGCUACGAAUAUGAUAUCCAUCGAGGUAGUUCAUUGUAUAUUUGUUGAUGCAUAA